AUGACGAGCCGAGUGCUUGACAACCCUUACGAGGAGCAGCAGACGAUCCUGCUCGGCAGAGUCAUCGGCAAUGUCGAAAAGCUCAACGAUGCCAUGAUAGAGCUCUGUACCUCUCUCGCGGAGAUCAAUACAUACAACAGCAACAUCACUGCACUAUCCGACAUGUGGUCGCACUACCAAAGAAACGUCGAGUUCAACUUGCGUACGACCGGUACGCUCGAGGAACCGCAAUAG